AUGAGCAAAGACUCCUCCAUAACAAACCUCCACAUGCACCACCCCCGACUCGCCGACUUUUUCGAAGACUUCACCCGCCCGCACACGUCCCCAACCUCCACCUCGCACAAUCCCCAAUCCCACACCCACAAUAACACAACCGUAACCUACGGCUCAUCCUCGCCGACCCUCGUCCCGUCCUUCCUACCCAUCGAAGAAAUCUACGUGCUACCGCAGUACCAGCCGCCGAACCCGGAGGACGAGGAUGAUGUUGUGCCGGACCAGCAUGCGGCGUUUGGGAUUACGAGGGCGAUGGAGAGGAGGCGGGAGGCUGUUUGGAGGGAUUUGGGGAUGGAGGGGAUUGUUGCGGGAGAGAAUAUUGGGGCUGGGGCUGGGAGGGGGAGGGGGAGGAAAAUAAGGGUUAAAGAGUCAGGGAGGUUGAUGGGGGGGAGGAGGACUAUUUGUCUGCGGUGA